CAGGCAGGACGUGUGCCCACAGCAGUCAGUCCCGGAGUGAGGCAGCCUCUCAAUCCCCAGGAUGCAUCUACUCCUGCCCUCUCUGCUCCUUUUCCACAUCGUCAUCCUGGUGAUACUGUAUACGGCCACAAUCAGCAAUGCAUGGUUCCACUUUCACGAUGGCAAUGUCUCCAGUCUCUGGUACCACUGUGCAUACAGCGAGAAAGAAUCGGCGGGGGCCUGCAGCACCACCAAGCACUCCACAGGUGAAGAGUGGCUAGGCGCAGUGCAAGGCUCGAUGGUCCUCGCCUGCCUCUUCUGCAGUGCCUCCUUCCUGAUCUUCGCCUGUCAACUCUACGGCCUCAGGAAAGGCAGCCUCUUCUACCUCACCGGCAUCUUCCAGAUCUUUGCAGGUCUCUGUACAGCCUCAGCCUCCUUGAUGUACACCCUCCAUGUAGAGGAGAUCCAUCACACAGCUGAGGGAGUCUUUGGCUACAGCUACGCACUCUCCUGGGUGGGCUGCCCCCUUACCCUGGCCAGUGGGAUAAUGUACCUCCACCUUCGCAAGCUGGAGUGAGUGAGGGACAGGAGAGGAGUGCAAGGGGAUGGGGGACCCAGGUCGUGAGAGAGUGCCUCAGUAUCCAGGCAGAAGAAUGGGGGGGUGGGGGGCAGAUCUCUUCAAAUCUAUCAAAUAUUGCAAGGCCGAGAUAGAGUGGAUGUGGAGAGGACGUAUCCUAUGGUGGGCGAGUCUCGGAUGGGAGGGCACAGCCUCAGCGUACAGGGACGUCCGUAUAGAACCGAGAUGGAGGGGAAAUUCUUUAGCCACAGGGAGACUGAAUUUGUGGAAUUCGUUGCUACAGACAGCUGUGCAGGCCGAGUCAUUGGGUAUAUUUAAAGCAGGGGCUGAUAGGUUCUCGACUAGUAAGGACGUCAAAGAAUACGGUGAGAAGGCAGGAAAUGGGGUUGAGAGGGAUAAUAAAUCAGCCAUGAUGGAAUGGUGGUACAGACUCAACGGACAGAAUGGCCUCAUUCUGCUCUUGUGUCUUAUGGUCUCAUCAGGAACGCUAGGGGCAUUUUAAUCAGCUGAGGAAGGUGGGCUAAGGAAUGGCAAAUGCAGUUUAAUUGUGAUCAGUGUGAGGGGUUGCGUUUUGGGAAGACAAUCCAGGGCAGGAUUUUCAAAGUGACCGUGGGGACCCUGGGGAGUGUUAUAGAACAGAGGGACCCUGGGGUACAGGGACAUGGUUCCCUGAAAGUGGAGUCACAGGUAGACAGGGACCCCGGGGAGUGUUGUAGAACAGAGGGACCCAAGGGUACAGGGACAUGGUUCCCUGAAAAGUGGAGUCACAGGUAGACAGGGACCCCGGGAAGUGUUGCAGAACAGAGGGACCCUGGGGUACGGGGACAUGGUUCCCUGAAAGUGGAGUCACAGGUAGACAGGGACCCUGGGGAGUGUUGUAGAACAGAGGGACCCUGGGGUACGGGGACAUGGUUCCCUGAAAGUGGAGUCACAGGUAGACAGGGCAGUGAAGAAGAUGUUUGCCACGCUGGCCUUCAUCAGUCAGGGCACUGAGUACAGGAGUUGGGAUGUUAUGUUAUAGUUGUACAAGACGUUGGUGAGGCCGCACUUGGAGUAUUGUGUUCAGUCCUGGUCACCCUGCCAUACGAAAGAUGCCAUUGAGCUGGAAAGGGUGCAGAGGAGAUUUACGAGGAUGUUGCUGGGACUCGAGGGACUGAGUUAUGGAGAGAGGUUGGACAGGUUGGGACUUUAUUCCUCAGAGUGUAGGAGACUGAGGGGUGACCUUACAGAGGUGUAUAAAACCACGAGGGACACAGAUAGGGUGAAUGUGCACAGACUUUUUCCCCAGGGUUGGGCAAUCAAGAACCAGAGGGCACAGGUUUAAGGUGAGAGGGGGGAGAGAUUUAAUAGGGACCUGUUUCACCCAGAGGGUGGUCCGUCUAUGGGACAAGCUGCCAGAGGAAGUGGUUGAGGCUGGAACAUUAACGACAUUUAAAAGGCACUUGGACAGAUACACGGAGGCGUAGGGGCAGACUGCAGGACAUUGGGUGUAACUGGGUGGGCAGUGUGGGGCGGUGAAGACAGGACAGGUCGUAGGGACUGUGUACGCUGGGAGGGGGAAGGGUUUUACAGACGAGGGCGGGACACAGUCAGCCAGCAUGAACUGGACAAUCAGAAUGGCCUGAUUCUGUGCACCCAGAGCCAGCAACCUCCCCAGAACGUCAGAUCCAUCCGUCUUCCUCGCCAACCGCAAACCUGCCUCGGUUUUCGGACGGGACCAGUACAAUGUGAAUGCGCCUUGCUCUGCUCCGAUUCCACUGGUCAGGAGCACCCCCCCCCCCACCAGUGGAUUGGAACAUAACCUCGCCCCCCCUUCCCCCACACUGUGUUCCCCAACCCUCACCCUCACCCCCUGUACGUAUUUCAACUCUCUGGUCAAGACUCGAUGGGCCAAAUAGCCUAAUUCUGUUCCUAUAUCCUAUGGUCUCACGCCAUGUCACCUUGCUAAACACUUGACUUAAUAAAUA